AUGCACUUCUCUGCCCCCCUCGCCGUCAUCAGCGCCCUCAGCGGCGCGCACGCCCUCGUCAUCCCCCGCGACGCCUCCGUCAUCAUCGGCGUUCUCACCGCCGUGCAGGGCGACAUUGACGGGCUCGACUCGGCCGUCAACGGGUGGACCUCGGACCCGUCGCCGGUGCUCGACGCCUCCAACAAGCUCGUCGACACCAUCAGCCAGGGCACGGCCACGGUGCAGGGCAGCCCUGACCUCACGCUCGACGAGUCGCUGACGCUGCUGGACCCGGUGCAGUCGCUCAAGCAGCACGCGCAGACGCUCGUGGACGACCUCAAGGCUAAGAAGGACACCGUUCAGCAGGCCGGCCUCUGCGAGGUGGUGGAAAUCCAGAUCGGCACCAUCAGCGAUAAGAGCAAGGGCCUGAUCGACGCGACCGUGUCCAAGGUGCCCCAGGACGCGCAGGGCAUCGCGCAGGACCAGGCGCAGGGAAUCCUGGACGUCCUCGCCGAUGCCCAGUCUGCCUUUUCUCCUGGCAACUGCGUCAACGCCUAA